AGCCCAGCCCAAACUUUGGUUUUGGCAGCCCCUUCUUGUUCCAUCUGCAGGAGCAGCACGACGGCAGCCUCUCCACUCCACCGUCGCCUCCCCACUCUCUCUUUUUACACGAUUUUCCGACGCCGCCGCCGCCUCUCCCUCCCUCUCUUGGUAUCAUCCAUUCAACCUAAUCAGGUAACUUUUCAACGAUUGAUGACGUUCACGCCCCCCCUCCUCUGUCUCUUGGCAAGCCCAAUCAAUCUCAAAUCGGUGAAAAUCCAAGUGACCCAUUUGGUCUAAAACCCACUUUGUUUGGAAUAUCGGUUCGGUUGUUCAACCGAACCCAUGUUCACUCCUCCCAGCGACUCACUUGAAAUUUGCAUUUGAGCAGCAGUUUUCCAAUGGCAAUUCGGGGGUUUUCGAGGUCGAAACUACCAAUUUUUGCUUCGGUAUUCCUUCGAGGUCUAACGAGGAGACCCAUAAGAGAUAUUCCAUUACCAGUGAAAUCGAAGAUUACCGGGUUUCAGCCGGAUUCGAGCCGACCCAUAUGCGGAUUCCGGCCUUAUCACGACGGAAGGCCGCGGGGACCCCUUUGGAGAAGCCGGAAGGCAAUUGGGAAAGAAGCGCUUUUCGUUAUUCAGGGAUUGAAGAGAUUCAAGGAAGACGAAGAGAAGCUCCAGAAGUUCAUGAAGAGUCAUGUUUCGAGGCUCCUGAAAUUGGAUAUGAUUUCUGUGCUUGGUGAGCUUGAGCGGCAGGAAGAGGUUGCUUUAGCCGUCAAGAUAUUUAGGUUGAUUCAAAAGCAAGACUGGUACAAGCCCGAUGUCUUUAUGUAUAAAGACUUGAUCAUCGCGUUAGCCGGAAGUAAAAAGAUGGAUGAUGCAAUGGAAUUAUGGGAGAGCAUGAGGAAGGAGGAUUUAUUCCCCGACUCUCAAACGUAUACCGAAGUCAUCAGAGGUUUCUUGAGGUAUGGAUCGCCUUCUGAUGCAAUGAACAUAUAUGAGGAUAUGAAGAAGUCUCCAGAUCCACCAGAUGAGUUGCCAUUCAGAAUUUUGCUGAAGGGACUUCUGCCACACCCCCUUUUGAGAAAUAAAGUAAAGCAAGAUUUUGAGGAGCUCUUUCCUGACCAGAAUGUCUACGAUCCCCCAGAAGAGAUUUUCGGCCUACGUUGAGGGAAUUAACACAUUCCUCAGUUUGUCGACGAACAUUCCCCUCUGCUGAAAGCAAAACCAAGCAAGGGAAGAUUGAUGAUAUGAAAAUGCAAGGAGAUGGAGAAGUUAUUAAUAUGGUGUUCCUCGAAGCGGUCGACUCAGAUUUGGAUUCAAAUGAAGGUGUUGUCUUUUAGGGAAGUGAGUGUACCUUUGCCCAGAAAUGUCUAUUUUACCAAUGAAUAUGAACACCACAGAGAGGUACAAAUUGCCAUUGAUGUCUCCCUUAAGGGGGAUUCUU